AUGAGCCGGUGGCGUCGCUCGGUAGACGAGUUGGCGGCGCGCCGUCGGCAGCUGAGCGAGUGUCAGCGCGCUCAGGAGGCUCUCGGUCGGGUCACCUCGUGUUUCCAGCAGCUGGCGGCGUCACUCGGCAGCUCGGCGGACGGCAGCUUCCUGCGAGACGAGAUGGACGAGACACGAGCAGUCGCACACCGAAUCUGCAGCGGUCUGUCCCGGCGCCUGAUACAUCUGCUGUCAGACUGUGACUCGUCCCCUUCGGUUGUAGAGGACAGAAAUGCGUCAGAGCGUCUGUGGGUGCUCUUCCUGUCAGCAAUAGAGAACUUCCUGUUUGACCUCCGUAAGGCCUGCGAUUUGAUUGGACAUUUUCCUCUGACCCAGCGCAACGACAGGCGCUCGUUAGUCAAUACAGGAUGUAUUGAUGGCGUGGUGGGUGUUGCAGCUCAAGUGGCUUCAGUCCAGGUGCCAUGGCUCGCCUUGGAGGAGGAGCCGAGCCCUGAUCUGACCAAUCACAUCGCAAGUCUUGAGGCAAUGCUGAGUGAGAUGCAGAUGAGGGUUCCUGUCGCGUUCUGGUCGGUAGAGGCGACCCAGCCAGCAUGGGCCGAAGCUUGCAGUGAACUGGAAGAACAGGAUGAUACCCUGGAGGACAUGAUGGAGGUUGAAGUCGUCUCUAACAACUACAAGAUGCCCUGCUGCCAGCCACUGUGCUGUGGACUUGGCUGUGUGUAG